AGACAAACAGAUUUUAAGCAGAUUUCCUUAGCAACAAAAUGGCGGAUCAGGAGACAAAUAAUUCUGCUACCACAGAGGAGACCCCGGCACCAGAAGCCCAGGCUGAGGCUCCACCAGCUGAGGAGAAAGCUCAAACACCAGAACAAGCCCCAGCUGAGCAAACUGAACAGCCUGCUCAACAAACAGAAGGGGAAGCAACUGAGGCAGCUCCAGCAUCUGAAGAAACUGCUCAAGCUGAAGCCACACCCACAGAAGCAGCAGAAGGUGGAGCUGAGCAAGGAGCUGAGGCAGAGCAGGCUGCAGAGGGAGGGGCAGAACAAACAACAGAGGGAGAAGAACAGAAGACAGAAGGAGAGGGCGAACAGGCAGGUGAGACAGAAGCAAAACCAGAAGAAGGUGGUGAGCAGAAAGCUGAGGGAGAGGCAACUGUUGAUGGAGAAGAAAAACCAGCAGAGGAAGGGGCCCCAGCUGAAGGAGGUGAGGAGCAAGAAAAGAAAGAGGGAGAGGAAGAGGUUGCAGCCCCAGCAGAGGGAGAGACUCCAGCAGAAGGAGAAGCAAAGGAGGGUGGUGAGGAGGGAGAAAAACCUGCUGGAGAGGGUGAGGAGGCUAAACCAGAAGGAGAGGCAGAGGUUUCUAAAUCACCUGUUCCCCAGAGUGACACCUUUGCUGAGGGUGAGCGCGCUGAGAGUCCUGUGCCAGUAGGAGUCGGAGAAAAAUUAUCCAGAGAAGGAAGCCCUGUGGAGCAGGCACCAGUGCCUGUCCCAGAUAUCCUAGAACCCGGAACACCAGAGAGGUCACGACCCGGGAGUGCGGAGGGAGAGAAAGAGGGAGGACCUCUGACAACAUUUGAUGAAGAAGACGAGGAGGAAGAGGAGGAGGAAGAAGAAGAAGAAGAGGAAGAAGAACCCGAGUUUGAUAGAGAAGAACUUAUAGAGAGAUAUCAUCAAGCAAUUGCAGAGAGGGAGCAACUGCAGCAGUCAAACUAUCAGCUUCAGCACAAACUUGCAGAGUACUUCCGAAAGAAGAAGGCAGAUGAAAGCAGACAAGAAUAUGAUAAAAAUGUCACUGACCAAGAACAGAGAUAUCUCAAAUAUAUGGCUCAACUUGAAGAUCUACGAAGACAGGACAUGCAAGAACGAGAUAACUAUAAACAUCAGAUACAUGAGCUAAAGUCACGCUGCGAGGAGCGUAAGGAACGUGUGGAUGAGGAACGUAAAAAGUUCAUGGAGUUCAAGAAACAAGUUGCUCUCAAUGCAUUAAACAGUAGAUCUGGUCGACCAAUACCUCCAAAGGAUAUAGAACAGUAUUUAGCAGGAGAAGCACGGAAAGAAGGGGAGGUCAUAAAUGUAAGACUGGAAAAUAUCAAACUGAAAAACAAACUCAAGAAGAAAGAACACCAGCUCAAGUCUAAGGAGGAGCUAGCGGAAGGUUUACAUUUGAUAGAUUUUGAACAGCUGAAAAUUGAAAACCAGACAUAUAAUGAGAAAAUUGAGGAGAGAAAUGAGGAGUUGCUAAAGUUACGUAAGAAGAUUACAAGUACGGUACAGGUGUUAACACAUCUCAAAGAGAAGUUACAGUAUGUCCAGGCAGAAAAUCAAGUACAGAAACGUAGCCUGAGGGAGGUGGAGGCAGAAGUUGGUCAGAAAAGAGACAUUUUAUCAAGGACCAAACAGGCGCGAGAUGCUUUAAGAAUCGAUAAUCAGCGUUUAAAACAAAAUUGUGGACUUUUAGGAAAUGAAUCGUUACUGAGAGACUUUGAAGAGCGCAAAGACGAAAGUGACGACCUUCGUAAUAAACUUGAACAUCUGAAAAUGCAACAUGCUGAGCUUACACUUCAUUGUAAUCAAGUGAGACGUAAAAUUGAACAAGCUCGAAGUGGACGUGCGUAAAUUUUAUCAGUGAUGCAAGCCAUGUGAAACUUUCUGAAGGCAUUUAUGCUUAAAAUUGAUGUGUAUUAUUGCA